AUGGACGAAGGUGAAAAUUUUCCAGCAGCUCGAAAUGUUUUGGAACACGAUUUCUAUGUAGAUGAUGCCAUAAGCGGCGCGGCAACUGUGGAAGAGGCAAUUGAAUUGAGGGAUCAGCUUAUUGCGCUUAUGAAAAAAGGUGGUUUUGCUUUGAGGAAGAUUUGUUCUAACAAACCGGAAGUUCUACGCGAUCUACCCAUCGAAAUGCUAGGAACAAAUUUGACAGUAACCUUCGAGUUCAGUCCUAAUGAGGCAGUUAAAACUUUAGGAAUAUCCUGGGAUCCUUGUGCCGAUGAAUUGCGGUUUGUUAAUGAUAUUCAACCUAUAACUGAAAUUUGGACAAGAAGACAAAUACUAUCAGCCAUCGCCAAACUAUUUGAUCCGCUAGGUUUAAUUGCUCCUGUUAUAGUCAGUGCCAAGAUAAUUAUGCAAGAAUUAGCACUUCUUCAAACUGGCUGGGACGAACCAGUUCCGACUCACGUGAAUAAUAAAUGGAAAACGUUUUACGAAGGGUUACCACAUCUGAAGGAUUUACGGUUAAAUCGAUUUGCCUUUGCCCCCCUUUCUAAAGAAGUUCAAUUGCACUGCUUUGCUGAUGCAUCCCAGCUAGCCUACGGAGCUUGCGUUUACGCAAGAACAGUCGAUUUCGAGGGAAAAAUAUGUGUUUCGCUUCUAUCUGCUAAAUCUAGAGUUGCUCCUUUAAAAAGAUUAACCCUACCAAGAUUGGAAUUGUGUGCUGCUAAAGAGGCUGCUAUUCUGCAUUACAAAAUCGUUAAGGCACUGGAUAUGGAAUCUGUUAGGUCGGUAUUCUGGUCGGAUUCUACAAUCGUACUCAACUGGUUGAAGGCACAGCCGAACACCUGGCAGACCUUCGUUGCAAAUCGUGUAUCCUGCAUCCAAACUCACACAUAUCGACAUAAAUGGUAUCAUAUUGCUGGAAAAGAAAAUCCAGCCGAUUUGGUUUCACGAGGCCUUCCUGUAGCGGAUUUCCUAGCAAGUCGCCUGUGGAGAAACGGACCAGAGUGGUAA